UUGUUGUUAUUUGAAAUAAUUUCGAAAUAUCUUGGGAAAUUAUCGGCAAUCCCACGUUAAUAAAACCACCACAAGCAUAACCAACAACAGAUCAGCGACGUCUCGAUGGGCUGACUACAGCUUGUCGUCUGUACGAGAGACGAUUAAGUGAAAAUUAUACUAGAACGAUUCAAAUCGUCAGAGAAACGUGUUAUGUGACUUCGACCACAAAGAAAUUCGUCUGUGAGGAGAACUUACAGAAUUACUCUUUGGAUAGUUUCAUAAACCCGAUGACAGAGCCAGUGUUACAAGGAUGCCUUCACAAUUAGUUUGUACCUUAUUAUUUCGCUGGAUUUUGCCGUUGUUUCUAUGUGCAGCCUGCUGCUUCAGGAUCAAUGGCUUCUCAUUCAUCUAUCUAUUGUGUCUUCUUAUUAUUCCACUUCUUCCCAACCCAUCAAGGAAAUAUUGUGGCCGAGGGGGCCACACAGGUAACCUUCAGAAAGCUGUCUUGGGUCUAUCACUGAUAGCUAUCAUUGCCCAGAUAUGUUUCCAGAUCAUUUUGGCAGCUCUGCCUCCAUAUGGACAUUUCUUUCCUAACUGUUCUAAGUAUGAACAGCUUUCUAGGCAGAUUGGGCUUGUCAGGUUUGACAAUGUGCCAGCCAUAACAGUGGUGCGCUACAUAGUACCUGAUGUAACCAUCUUCAUUAUCUCUUUAACCUGUGUGCUAUGCUGUAGAAGUCUUUAUAACACAAACCCCCUACGAGCACCAAGCCCCCAGCAAAUCCUCCCUGUCAACCGAAAACCCACCACCACUGAUCACCUGAUGCCAUACCUUACUGCGGCAAUGCUACUAGUCGCUGGGAUCAUCCAACCCACCGUGACAUCAGCUACUUAUUUUAUUACAUUCCUUGUGCUUGGGACAAUAUGGAGCUGCCACAAGGCAAUACGGCUGCGAAAGAGAAAGGCAUUUGCUUGCAUCAGGAUCGUGCUCAUGGUGUAUUCUGGUCUUCAUAUCAUGGCGUUGUAUUUGUAUCAGUUCCAGUUUUUCCAACAAGUGUUACCAGUGAAGAGUCUUAUUGCAAGGUUAUUAGGACUUGUUGGUAUUGUGUUUGUUGACUGCACCAAGCCACAGAUCCUCCAUGUGAAGCAAUACCUGGACUGGCCACUGGUAGCAUGUCCAGGAGUUAUUCUUAUGCUGUACUGGCUUCUUGCCACUGAAACCAGGUUCUAUCUUAUGGAGGAUAACGCGGUCUCUCCACAUGUUUCAUGGUGGGAUGUGAGAACACUGCCCGCAUCCCCAGAAAGACAGUCUCUAAUGUCACCAGACAGAGAAAGACGAACUUACAAUACAUUGGACCCACCCCCUGAGAAUGUGGUAUCUGAGGAGCCCGUCCAGCCAGUAGCGAGUAGUCCUGAGUACGACGAUGAACACCCAGACGUGCAAGGCACUCUGGGAAGUAUCAUGACGUUCCUGAUGCGACAGAGCUAUAUUGCUGCGUUGAUUAUUAUGAUGACGUGGAGCAUCACAUAUCAUUCGUGGCUGACGUUUGUGCUUCUGUUAUGGGCGUGUCUUAUAUGGAUCACGCCUUUUUCCCGCUGGUUCUGCAUGGUGUCCUCCCCUGGACUCGUCCUGUACGCAGAACUAUUGUUAAUCAUACAAUACGUCUACGGGAUGGACUUGAACGACCAGGAAUUACCUGUACAGGACCACAGCGCGACCCUGGAUUACUCGGAGCUGGGCCUGAAAAAGUGGAAAUAUCCGUGCUUACAUCUUGGAGCUCAGACUCUGUUCACGUGGGUGUUUUGGGCAACGCUAAGGCAGCACAUCCGUGAAAAGAAGAUGAAGAAACGCGAGCAGGAGUCCAUCCAGAGUGGGAUUCAAUUACACAGCCUCGCCCACCCCUUCGUACAGGCGCUAAGAAAGAUGACCUCCUUAGAAGCAGCCUCUAGCUCAGCUCCUGUUGAGUACGUGGAAGACCUGGACUCUCGCGCGUCAGAUGACGCCAAGGCGCUUAUGAUGUGGGUGAAGUCCGUGCUUGCCAAGUACUGGAUUUUACUCUGCUGUGGCGCCUUCUUGCUUGUCGGGUUACAAAAUGAAGUGUCUGUUUAUCAGAUCGGCUACAUGGCCAUCUUCUUGUUUAUCCUUAUCUGCUACCAGAUCUCUAUCACGACCUGGCGGCUGAUUCUGCGCCCAUUGUGGUGGGUGAUGGUAAUCUAUUCCAUUUGUAUACUACUCAUCAUUUACACCUACCAGUUUGACAACAUGCCUUUGUACUGGCACAACGCCACUGGACUCUCAGACCAAUGGUUGUACAACUUAGGUCUAAGGCAACACACUAAGGCGAGUCUCCUUAUGGAGCUCCUGACCCCGACUGCCUUUUCCAUCAUUAUUGUGAUUCAGCUUCACUUCUUCCAUCAACCUUUUAUGGCUAUGAUAGACCUAAGGAACGCCCGUAGUGACUCUACUAAAGACCCAGAGGAAGGAAACGGAAAUCCCGAUGAGAUAGAACCGCUAAACAAAGAAACUAGCACCGCAGGCCCUUCCUCGCAACCUGAGCCCUCAACGUCCGGUAAUGAGGGAAGCUCACGUGACACUCCACGUGACCAGGGCCUAGUUCUCACACGUGACCGACGCCUGGAGUCUGCUGCCAGUCAGAAAGGUGUGAAGUCCCGUGACCACCACAAGUCACGUGACCACCAUCAGAAACCGCUGCUCGUCGCGGUUCUCGUGAAGGGUGUCCACUUUUAUAACUACGUCACAGUGUUGCUAUGGCGACUAGGCGAACUGCACAUGAUGAAGCUUGGUAACCUAGUGUUGAUGUGCGUUGUGGUGUAUCAGGUGUGUGCUAUCAACGCAAUAAUUAUCAUCCUUCUCGCCAUCGCCAUGCCCUCGCGCAUGCUACAGAGGGCAUUGUCCUACUGCUUCCUUAUUUGGAGUUCGCUGGUCGUGCUCAGUAAGAUGAUUUAUCAGUUGCGGUUUGUACAAGCUGACCUCUUCCAACACAACUGUACAGACAAGUCCCUUCCCACUUCUCAAGACAUCAACCACUUUACAAACAAUGCAUUAUGGGUAGGAUUUUACAAGACCAACGUCAUCUCCGAAGACAUUAAGGGUUAUCUUUUCAUCGUGAUCGUGAUUGUGCUGCAAGCAGUCAUCAAACACAACCAGAAACUCUACCGCAUCCGGCGUAACCUGAUGGAGCCCGAGCCAGGGAUCCUCUUCGAGAGUGCUUCCCGCCAAAAGGCGGAUGACGACAUGCUGCAAUGCGUCAAAUACCUGUUUAACCGGUUUUUCUACCACUUUGGUUGGGAGGUUUCUCUCGUAGUCAUGGUGGUCAACAUGGCGGUUCGCUGUGACGUCACUUCCGUUAUCUACGCGCUUUGGCUCGGCUCGUUCCUCGCUUUAGGCAGACAAAGUUCGGCUGUAAUCUGGCCGGUUUAUGUCGGGUUUCUGGCUUUCCUUCUUCCUGUCCAGUACUUGUUGGUGCUCGGAUGGCCGCCUGGACUUUGCCUUGCUUAUCCAUGGACCAAAGUCCUGGACCCCAACCUGUCCCACUGGCUUUACCUGACUGACGUCUCUUUCCCCUCGGAUCCCAAGCUAUUGUUAGGUGACUUUUUCCAGCUCUUAUUCGCCUGCUGCCAGGAAAACGUGUACGGACUAGAGCGUUAUUCCUGGACGGCGGAAGAGACGGAACAGUCGAGACAGACGAGGAGGGGGAGCAGAGUCAAGUUUUCUACUCCGGACUUCAUGUGGAACAUCACGUGGCUUGACUUCUGCAAGGUCACACUGUUCCAGCAUAUGUACUGGGUCACCCUCGCCGUAGUGUACAUCACCGUACAAAGCACAGUCAGCAUCUUCAACUUUGGGUUCAUCCUAUGGUGCUUCUUCUUUCUGUGGCACGGACAAGCUCUCUAUCUUCAGCCUCGCAAGAAGCUGCUCAGACUAUGGAAGCUGUUCAUCUGCUACAAUUACCUCACACUUCUAGCAAAAGUUUGCCUUCAGGUGGUAGCGUGCGUGUGGCAGGAUUACGUGACGCAGUACACCAGUAACUGCUUGCCGCUACAGCUGCUCAGUAUGUUCUGCUUGCGUAACAGCACGUAUUCCGGGAAACCCCAGACAGGAAUGGACUGCGUGGCGCCGGACGACACCGGACUUGCCAUGGACUGCGCAUGCUUCACCUUCCUGCUCACACAAUACCGCAUUUUCACGUCUGAGUACUUCCGUCACGUGGUACGAGAUCACAGGGAGCAGUCAGAGAUGGCUUAUAGGGGAGCGGAGCUUGUUAAUGAACACGUGCAUAAACAGCUAGAAGCAAAGCAACACGAAGACAAGGUCAAGAUGGACCGAAUCAAGAAAUCAGUGAAAAAACUCUCGGAAAAACUGGCACGACUACACCCCGCCGGUGCUGAAUACGAACCGCAGUCACAUUAUGAAGCUAUCUAUUCGGGUGACUACUACUGGUUCGAGUCAGAUUCGGAGAGUGAAUCAGAGGCCGAGACGCCUUCGGUAAGCCCGACACAUACCCGAAGACCGAGCUCCGGCAGCAGCAACAAAGACAACGAAUCCGCCGGCAAAGCAAGCUCCGGAGACUUGGGGGGCGAGAGAUCGUCUUCAAGGAGCGGAAGAGAAUCGAUCAGUUCAACCGGAAGUGACGACUUUGUCACCAUCCCAACUCCCGAGCCUACCACGGCCAUAGUGGAACCUGAGGGUCUGGUUACGAGGCUCAAAAAGCUAUUCAGCUGGAUAUAUUACUACUUUGCCAUCGCGAUUGACAAGGUGAUUGAUGUGUUGAGCGAUAUCUCGAAAGACUAUCGCGAGAUCGCCGAUCAACUGAAGCACGAGCGUAAAGAGAAGGGACUCGAGAAGCUGAGGAGAGGUCGCUACAGCUAUAGCAGCCUUAGGGCCAGAACCUUAGCAGCCUCUGCAUCCGCCGCCGAGGUGUCCGACAGUGACGUCAUAGAAAACAAGGGCUCAGCCACCUCACGGUCAGACGAGGACGCGGAUUCCUGGUCCGUGCUGAACAUAGAUCUUGAUGACACGGAUGCGUCCAACUGGAAGCACUCGCACAUGCGCGUUGCGCGUUUCUCAGUGGCGUUCGUGUACGCCCUGCUGGCCCACACGGACAUCAUUUGCUACUUGUUGAUGAUACUGAACCACAUGGUGUACGCGUGCUUGCUGUCCAUGCCGCUGCCGUUCUUGGUAUUCAUGUGGGGUAUGCUAUCCAUCCCAAGACCUACAAAGCGGUACUGGAUCACUGUGAUCACCUACACACAGAUUGUGAUAGUUAUAAAGUACCUGUUCAAGUUCCAGUUCAAGUUCAUCAACAACUGCAAUAGCUCUGACGGCCCAGACAAGAACGACCCGCUGUGUCCCGCUAGGAUAAUCGGGAUCGAGCGAGACUCGCACACUUCCGCAUACGACCUAUUGCUGCUUCUUGCCCUAUACUUUCAUCGCUACUCGCUCAAGGUGCACGGGCUAUGGCGAGACAAGGCGGCGCACGACGACCAUGACGAACUAUAUGAGCCGCCGCUAUCACCCAAUUCCCCCAAGAGUGAGCCCACCCCAUUCGCUGGUUCGAGGAACAUGGCUGCCUCAUCACCAGACUCCGAGCAGUACCAGAGUGAUGUUGAGGACAGUGGAGAAAGCUUGUGGAACAAGAUUUGCCGUUCUGUGAAGGCGUUCCUGAAUCGUAUCUACGACCCCGAGGUGGGGUCUGGCGCGGUGGAUGUCUACGCCAUCAUGUUCGCCUGUCAGUUUAUCAUCUUCAUCAUCAUACUUUUCAGCUGGUCUGCCUUCUCUUCGCCUGAGCCCCAACGCCAGGCACAAUUUGUCAAAAUUGUAGAAGAAAAUGUGGUUCCGAAGACUUUCCUAUACAUGCUUCUUUCACAAUUCUUCCUUAUCAUCAUAGACAGAUGCUUGUAUCUGCGUAAAUACGUGUUCGCAAAGCUCUUCUUUCUGUUGUUUUUAACCGUUUCAUUCCACGUUUUUAUGUUUAUCGUGGUCCCGUAUGUCACGAAACGACCAUUUUUUAAGAACAUCCCAGCAAUCUUCAUGUACAUCUUUAUGUGCAUGUACUUCGGCCUCUCCGCCUACCAAGUUCGCAGUGGUUACCCGACUAGAAUUCUGGGUAAUUUUCUCACAAAGAGUUACACACUGACCAGCGGUGUCCUCUUCCAAGGAUUCCAAGCCAUUCCCUUCCUGUUGGAGUUGCGCAGCGUGUUGGACUGGGUCUGUACAGAUACAACGCUGACCUUGUACCACUGGCUCAAGAUGGAAGACAUCUACGCCAAUAUUUACGUGCUCAAAUGCUACCGCGAAUCAGAGAAAACAUGGUUCCAGGGUCGAGGGCAAAAGUACUGGAUGCUGAGCAAGUGGACUGUGGGGGGUCUACUGGUCGCACUUCUCGUCAUCGUAAUCUGGUUCCCACUUCUCUUUAUGUCAUACAUCAAUUCUGUUUACACCAGCAACCCCCCACAGGACGCCACGUUCACUUUGUCUAUAGGGGGAUACCAGCCGUUGUUCCGUGUCAGUGCACAAGAGCAGUUCUUAGAGCGACUCAACAACACUAAGAUCGACCGAAUAAAAACUCAACAUCCGGGCUUACACCAAGGGGCUGACACACAGAUCGACACGUUCUUGGCUGACUACCAUGACCGCGGUACGGUGGUCCUAGUCAAGAUCACGGGGAACUCCAGCUCGAUCUGGCAAAUUAGCCCUCCCUCAAGACAACUUAUGAUGCACGACUUAUUGGGGGAGAAAAACGUUACCCUCAGAUUCAAGUACGAGUUCACUCGGGAACCAAAGACAGCUCUUGUCCAAGAGACUAUAUCCGGGCAGACCCAGAUCACGCUCGGCCCAGAAAUCCGUAGCCAGUUCGCGGCCAUGCUGAAUGGAACGUUCGAGGGCCAGAAUAUAAUUAUCGAAGACAUGUUCCCCACGUUUGUCAGUGUACCGGCCAGCGGUCAGGCCACAGCAGUUGAUGCGCUGUACAACGCAAGCUACGUCACGUGCGGGUUAAACAUGCGCAUGGGAGAGGGGACUGGCGUCGAGUGGUGGGAGUUGACGCAGAUUAAGCCACAUCCGAUAUUCGAAGAGAGCGUGCUGGAAAUGAUCACUUUUAACGACCUUGUGCCACCGUUACACUUCUCAUUCUUCGCCAGCACUGGUAUUAUCGGCCUUUACGUGGGAUUCGUUUGGUUGGUUGGCAAGUUUGUGCGCUUGUUCUUCACCUCGAUAUCGUACCGAAUCAUGUUCGACGAGAUGCCAAACGUCGACAAAGUUCUGAAGCUCUGCCUGGAUAUCUUCAUGGUGCGAGAAAGCAAGAGUUUCAAACUUGAGGAGGACCUUUUUGCUAAACUCAUGUUUCUUUAUCGGUCUCCAGAGACGCUUAUCAAAUGGACCAAAUACAAAAGAGCAUAGAAAAAUUAUCCUGCUUUCUUUCUAUCACAAAAUGAGAUGCUAAUGGUAGGUUUUGCACGGGAAAAAUACAUCUUAUUUUAUCAUUUCGGUUAUUAGGAACUUUAAUUUAAAUGAACAGAUAAUUAAAUAAGAUGGAUAUAUGAAAGAGUUGAAGAGAUUUAGAUUUUAAUGGUUAAGAAGAGCCUUGAAUGCUCUGCAAAUAACUUCCCAUUCUCUGAGUACAAGAAAAAAAUGCGACGCGAUCUUAAUUUUUAAGUCGGUUCUACGUGGGAUUCAUUAUAUAUAUAUAUAUAGCGCAAAUGCACUAAUCCAAAUGGCCCAACUUAAGGUUUGUUUUAAUAUAUUUGAAAAUUAUAAUACAAAUUCCGGGGCGUGAUCUAGAAAAAUAAGGCAUAUCUUUCAAACUUUAUUAACUUUUGUACAUGAUAUGCACACAGAAUUGACACUUGGCAAAUGAGAAAUUGGAUGGCGCAUCAAUUACAUGGAAAUCAAAGUAAAAACCCGCAAGUAAGUCCCCCGCGCAGCCAUCCUUUGUGUCGGUCACGUGACCGACACAAAGGACGGCUGCGCGGGAGACUACCCGCGAGUAAGAACCAGGUCCUUUUUUUAAAUGGAAAGUUUCUACUUCAACAAAUACGAUUCUUGCAUAGCUUUGCAGCUACAUGACCACAAUAUGGUAAUUUAAGAAAAUAAGGACCUGCUUUUUGUUUUCUAGGGUAUGUUUUUUUUUUCUUGUUUGUUUGUUUAUUUGUUAGCGGGUGUAAAUGACAAAUUUUCGGCUAACAGGUUCUACUGUAUUUUAAGCUCUUUGUCGGGUUCUAUUUGACAUUGAUAUUAAGGGUGUUUCCUUCUUAAUAUAUUGAAAAUGCGGUAUUUUGUACCCUCAAAAAAUUCCUUGAAAUAUAUUUAUAUAUGACUGGCACGAGAUAAAUUAUCGCGCUUAAAUGUUUUUCAAUAAUUAGUUUCGAAAAAUUACAUAAUUUUGCAAUAGGAUAUUUUUUGGAAAUGAAAUGUAUAAAAAUGAAUAAAGUUGUUAUCUUGCAUAAA